AUGCAUUUAAAGGAAGAAGGAGGAAGCAAAGCAUAUGUUGUUGUCAAAAGAGAAGAAACUAUAAAACAGAAGAAAGAGAUAUCCUUGAGUCCCAAAAAUGAAGUAAUGGUUAAAAGUAAGGAUGACUUAGGUAGUAGUAGUCAUAGUCGUAGUCCAAGUAGUAGUAGUAGUAGUAGUGUAUAUGAUGACACAAUUGAAAAAAAUAUAAAUUUUUCAGAAAGUAUAAUGGCAAAUUUAAAUGACAAUAUAUUUGAUCAUAAGAAUAUUUUUACAGAUUCGCAGUUAAGAGAAGGACUGUGUACAUCACAUGAAGAAAUCCAGGAUAUAAAGAAGAUAGAUUUUCAUACUACAAGUGGACGAAUUCGUAGUGAUUCUUCUUCUGUUAAUGUACAAGGGAAAAAAGUCGUGUCGUCUGGGGAUGAAUUCGGCAGUGACAAUGGAUUAGCUGAAUCUAGGAAAGAAAUAAUGUCUCAUAGUACUAAGGAGAACCAUGAAACAUGGCACCCCGAACUAGCCACAUGGGGAGAGAAGAGACCAUCAAAGUGGGGUGCGUUACGAAAGUGGGAAAUUUCUCCUAAAAUGGAAAACUCCAUCGAAGGAGAAACUUCAUUGCACAGUCCAACGAGAAGAAAACGUGAAGUCUUGGAUGAAGAAAGAGUGGAUGGUGAAAAGGAAUUAUCAAAAUGUACUAACAUAACUGGAGAGAGAAAUGAAAAAGAAAUAUUUCCCUUUUCAAUUAAGGUGAACAAAACAAAUUGGAGGGAAAAUGAAAAGAAAAUUCCAGAAAAUGCAUAUGAAUAUAGCCAUAAUGUGAUAUACCAUGAAUUGUAUGUCGAAUUGCUACAAGUGAAUAAAGGUUUGCAGAAUGAAAUUAAAAAUUUGAAAAAGAUAAUUGAGAUGCAAAAACUUUUAAUAAAAAGUAGAGAAGAUUUAUUUGGCAGUAGUCACAUGAAUGACAAAAACAAAAUUAGUGGUAAAAAGUUUGUUAACAAUAAUUAUUUUUUAAAUUUUUUCAAUAAAAAAAAAAAAAAAAAAAGCCAGGAGGAUUUUCUGGAUAUACCAACUGGGGAAAGAAUAGGGAGAGCAUCUACAGAAACUUCGUCCUAUGCUACUGUUACGAAGGAUGAAGAAAUAGAAAACAACGAGAAAAGAGUUGUAAGUAGUACAAAAGGCAUGGAAGGAUAUAUCUGUACGAAGAACAGUAAUUACACAUAUAAAAAUAAAAAAAAUCCAUACCUCAAAUGGGAGGUGAUGAACAACAGCGAUGGUGUUGGACAUUCAGAGGUGGAAAUGAACACUAUCUGCAAUAAUGAGCGUAUGUAUGAAAGUAAAAAUGAAUAUGUGAAACUGCCUCUAAGUGAUAAUGAGGACUCAGAUUUGUCCGAAAGGGAGGACAAUACGUAUAGUAUUGACAAUAAUGUGGAUAAUAGCGGCCGUAAUGCUAGUAGCAAUAAUGAUAGACAUAACGGUAAACAUAAUGAUAGACAUAAUGGUAGACAUAAUGAUAGACAUAAUGGUAGACAUAAUGAUAGACAUAAUGGUAGACAUAAUGAUAGACAUAAUGGUAGACAUAAUGGUAGACAUAAUGAUAGACAUAAUGAUAGACAUAAUUGUAAUAAUCAUAAUAAUAGUACCGAGGCAGUUUGUGCCACGGAGGGAAGUCAUUAUAUGAAGAGAGAAAACUCAGAUAUAGACAGUGGUAGUAACGAGAGGAAUUUGUUUUCAAACAUGUCAAGGGGAGAUAAUGUGAUUUAUGAAAAAGGUGGAAAAGUGGAGAACGAAAAAGAGUGUAAUGAAAAAUCAGUAAACUUUGAAGAAAUAACGGCAAUCACAUUGUGGUAUGAAGAUAUAAUACCCCUAAUCAACAACGAAAAAAAAAAAAAAACACUAAUCGAUCUUAUGAUUAGUAACUAUAUGCCAUAUGUGAUAAAAACUUAUUUUUGGGAAAUGAACAUUAUUAAUAAAUUGAAUAUAACAGAUUAUUUUGUUCAAAUAUUGAUUAAAAAUACGAACUUUAUACAGUCCUAUGUUUAUACUAAUAAUAAACAGUAUCAUAACCAUGUUUCCAGAUAUUUUAAGUCUUUAAUUACCUUACGAAAUGGUAAUCUUGGUGUAAUAGAAUCAGUUCGUGCAACUCCUUAUGAUGAAACCAUGAAGAACGGUGAUCCUAGUUGUUCUAGAGUGAAAGGAAAUAAUGAAAUAAAUGAAAAGAAGGAAAUUAUCACACAUGACAAUGAUAGUUUUAGUAAUACUAAGAAUGAAUCUGCUGGGAUGAAUCAAGAAGUGGGGAAAGAGGACAAACAGCAGAAGGAGAAGUAUAUGAUGGAACAGUUGAAGGGAAAAAACGAAAAUAAGGAUGAAGAAGAAGGGGACAUAAAAGAGGACAUAAAAGAGAACAUAAAAGAGGAAGAAAAAAAUACGCAGAGAGAGGUACAGAAUAACAUACAACGUAAUGAUGAGGAUAGUUCCAAUGCUGGACUGAACCUAUUUCAACGAUUCUCUUUUCAGAAAUUUUUUUAUCAGAUAUUGAUAGAUUUAGACAGAACCUUGUAUAUAAUAAAAAAGAAUCAAGAGUAUUUUAAAAAAUACAACAUAAGCACAGACACCUUUCUGCUGAAUCUUGACAUGGCAGAGACGAAGACAAAGCUGAACACAUUGCUGCAGAUGUAUGUCGUAUUUAAACCGGAGUUAGGUUAUGUGCAAGGAAUGUCCUACAUUGCCCUUGUGUUUCUUCUGUACUGCAACCUGGAAAAGGCUUUUGUGCAUUUUGCAAAUUUUAUGGAGCGAAAAGACAUUUAUAAUUUGUACAGCUUCAACAACAGCGAAAUAAAAGUUUACACGUAUAUUAUCAAGGAAAUAUUAACAAAACAGAACAUUGAAAUAUACAAAGAGAUUGUUAAGCAAUACAACAUAGAUAAUAUCUUCAUUCAAUGGAUCUACACCAUUUUCCUAACGUGCCUCCCCUUCCACAUUUUCAUUCGCUUAUUUGACAUUUACCUUUUUAAUGAAAAAAUAAUCUACGAGACCAUUUUAUGCAUCUUCUCAUAUUUUAACAAAUUCCAUCACGUGGAAAAUGUAGACAUUGUCAUAAAGAAUUUAUCUGCGUUUUCAUUUAACACGCACAUCCAGGAGGAUAAAUUCUGGUCCUUACUGAAAAAAUCCAAAAUAAAAAAGAGAAAAAUUCAUUAUUACCGAGAGAAGUAUUUCAAAGUUCAUAGAGAUAACUUGAACGAAAAAUAA